GGAUGGGUGGGAGCGUUCAAAGGCAAAUCUUCUUCCUCUGUGACUCAGACUAAGGCGAACGUGAACGGCACUCAUUCAAUCGUGUUGGAAAUCAACGGCUGAGAUAAGAUCACCGACCGACUCAUCAAAACGGUCUUCAACCUACUGGGCCCCAGCAACGAAAUUUCCUAUUUCUCCUUUCUCACCAUUACCACCGGCUAUUUAUUCAUUCCCCCGCUUCUUUGAGCCUCAAAACAUCCAUUCACUCCGACAACGUCGAAACGAAAACAACAAAACUUAAACGAGAGAUAAAUAAUCGACGGUGAGAUUCGAAUCAGAAAAUGUCGUGGCAAACUUACGUUGAUGAUCACCUGAUGUGCGAGAUCGACGGUCACCACCUCACCUCCGCGGCCAUCAUCGGCCUCGACGGUAGUGUGUGGGCGCAGAGCUCCAGCUUCCCUCAGUUUAAGCCUGAAGAAAUUGAUGCAAUCAAGAAAGAUUUCGGUGAACCUGGAUCUCUUGCGCCAACGGGAUUACACCUAGGUGGGACGAAGUACAUGGUUAUUCAGGGAGAACCUGGAGCUGUUAUUCGUGGAAAGAAGGGCUCUGGUGGCAUCACUGUGAAGAAAACCGACCUAGCUCUGGUUUUCGGUAUAUAUGACGAACCUUUGACUCCAGGGCAGUGCAACAUGAUCGUAGAGAGGUUGGGAGACUACCUGAUUGAUCAGAACUUCUAAAUUAUCCCUGAUUCAUGGUUUCCAUUCUUGUGUCUUUUUGUAUUUUGGGCUUGCAUUGUUUUCUUGCCAUGACCUUGAACUGGUGGUACUAGAGGUGUUCCUGAAAAAACCAGUUGCGGACAGAAGAAAUGAGUGUUGUUAUGUUAGGAUUUUCUUAGUAAUUUCUUCCGACAUGUUUCUUUGAUUUGUGUAUUUAUUCACCCCCACGGUUUGCUCAUAUAUUGAUCUGUGAUUCUGUAAUUUCAAAAUAUUGGUGAAUUUUGCUUAUGGCAUGAUACAUUUAAAAGUAUUGUUUUUGGAAUGAGGAAA